GUCGAAAUCGUCGCUGUGGAGGCGUUCAAUCCCUCUCCCCACUUCCCACGGCGUCCAAUCCCCCAGCAACAACAACAGCCGCUUUGGCGGGGAUAGAUCCCUAACGGACCCAAAGCACUCCGCACCAACCAGUCGGGAGGAAGGAAGGCCCCCCAAUACCCUACGCUACUGUCUCGGUCUCACCACCGCUUCCCUCCGCAGGGAGGCUCAAAUACGAGAGCGAGCCAUGAGCAUCACCAUCCUCCCCAUGAGGCUGCAGCUCAUAACCCUCCCCAAGGCUUCCUUGUACGGGAUCAUGCAACCCGUCGUAAAGAACCUUUUCUUCAGAGAAAAAGCCUCCUUCUUCUCCUACACCGAGAACGCCCUCGAAGUCUCCAUCAUAGCCGACGUCGACACCGUCCAACACGACUUUGCCGCCGUCAGCUGCCCCGGCCUGAUCAUAUGCGCCGACCCGUUUCGCGCUAUGCAGGUGGACUCGGACUCGGGGUAUGGGCUGGAUAACUCGGCCCAGCGGAUUAAUGAGAUUUCGUCUCCGUUGGCGAAGGCCGGUGUUAGCAUUUUUUAUUUGUCGACUUAUCAGACGGAUUAUGUUUUUGUGAAAGAACGUCGGAUGUCGCUAGUGAUAUCCACCCUCCAAGCGCACGAUUUCCACUUCUUCGACCUCGACGACCUUGACCUCGACUGCACACCUCCCACAACACCGGCAGCAGGUGCACCGACCUACUCCGACGCCACCUACAGCUCGUCCUCACCCACGCGCAACAUCCUACACACACCCUUUACCGCCCUAUCAGGCAUGGACUCCAGCCCAUCCUCACCCUCCAACCCUAAAUCAUCAACAUCCUCAUCCGACGACGCCCUCCUCCAAAACGGGAAAUUCAUCGCCCGCAAACUCAUUCCGCGCUACACCGUCCGUCUCGUCGGCCUGAACCGCGAAUACAUCGACACAUGGGCCCUCAGUCUCGUCAAAGUCUUCUUCUACGAGGAAACCCUCACCCCAUCAUCACAAUCAUCACCACACUCCGCCGAACCACCCGUCGCAGGCCGCUUCUUCAACUACACCGCAACAGAAGAAGGCAUCUCCGUCAUCGCCGACGAAGGUCUCCUGGAGGUCUUCCCGGAACACAUCCUGAACACGAGCGCGAGCCUGAAAGCGCUGAAAUGCAUUCAGGUCGAUUUGAGCGAUUACGGGUUGGAUCGGUGUGGGAUUGUGUACUCGAUGUCGGAGCCGUUGGCGAGGAGCCAGAUUGAUCUGCUUUAUGUUAGCACUUACACGACUGCUAAUAUACUGGUAAAGUGCACACACACACCCCAUGCAGUUUCGUUUUGAUGUCUCGUAUUGCUGUCAGUUCUCACAUUUACGUUUGGGGAUUUUGGGUUUUGUACAGGUAGACGCCGGCGACCUCCCCCGAGCCAUCCACAUCCUCGACGACGUGAUCCACCGCGAAGAGGAGCA